AUGUUCUAUUUAAUAGGUUUAGGGUUAGGCGAUGCUAAAGACAUUACAGUUAAAGGAUUAGAAGUUGUUCGAAAAUGUGAUAAAGUUUUAUUAGAGGGUUAUACUUCAAUACUCACUGUCGGAAAGGAAAUAUUGGAAGAAUAUUACGGCAGACCAUUGGUGCUGGCAGACCGUGACUUAUGUGAAAGUGCAAUAGAUGAAGUAUUAAUUGAGGCCAAAGAUAAAGAAAUUGCCUUAUUAGUUGUGGGCGAUCCCCUUGGUGCCACCACCCACACGGACAUGUUACUAAGAGCAAAACAGUUUGGAGUUCAAACCCAGAUUAUUCAUAAUGCAUCCAUAAUGAAUGCGGUGAGUUGUUGCGGUUUACAAUUGUACAACUUUGGGGAGACCGUUUCUAUACCUUACUGGACCAACACAUGGAAACCAGACAGCUUCUUUGAAAAAAUUGUUGCAAACUUUUCAAGAAACCUUCAUACACUAUGCUUGUUGGACAUAAAAGUGAAAGAGCCCACUGAAGAAUCGUUAACGAAAAAGGUUCGCCAAUACAUGGAUCCAAAGUUCAUGUCUGUCAAAGAAGCAGCGUACCAAUUGGUACAAAUCAUUGAAAAAAGGAAUGAUGCAGGUAUAAUAAGUAAAAACAGUAAAGCGGUGGGGCUAUCUAGAGUUGGUGCCACGGAUCAGCGAAUAGCCGUUAUGACACUCGACGCAAUGCAAAGAUGUGAUCUCGGACCUCCUCUCCACAGUUUGGUUAUUCCAGGUCCUAAUUUGCAUCCUUUGGAACUAGACUAUCUCGCGCAAUUUGAGUAA